UGCCCUUUGUUGAUGCUGACAGAGAGGAAUCUUUCUAGUACAUCUUUACCACAGACCAAUUGCACAAACUAAUUGUCGCUCUGUGCUUCUGUGGUGAUUCAGGCGAUAGUUCGUCCUUCUUCGACUCCCCCCCCACGUGAACCGGAGCAGGAAUUGCAACAAGAACAAAUUCCCAAUUCCCUCCGCCCCGAGCUCAAAUCUUGCCCCCGCCUGCUUGAUCGCCUCGUCUCCCUCGUUUCUCCGUCUCGCGCGGCUUGGCCAGGGGGAUCCGGCGCGGAGAGGAAUGGCGUCGCCGAUGUCCGGAGACGCACGCACGCCGCCCCGGGGGGCGGCGCCUUACGCCUUGUACCAGUUCGGCACCAGCGGCGCCGCCGUCGCCGUCGCCACCGCCGCCACGCAUCCGCUCGAUGUUAUCAAAAUUAGACUCCAAAUGCAGCUUGCUGGGCAAAGAGGAAAUUUAGUUGGGAUGGGGGCAAUAUUUAAACAAAUGGUAGAAAGGGAAGGGCCUCGAUCACUCUACCUGGGAUUUGCACCAGCAUUGACUAGAUCCCUCAUCUAUGGUGGCCUUCGAUUAGGACUGUAUGAGCCUUGCAAACAUGUCUGCAGCUAUGCAUUUGGUUCAACAAACUUUGCUUUUAAAUUUGCAUCUGGAGUAGUUGCUGGUGCCCUAGCAACUGCAUUGACAAAUCCUAUGGAGGUUUUAAAGGUGAGGUCACAGAUGAGUACAAGCAGAAUUAGUACAAUUGGAGUGAUGAAGGAAAUUGUAUCAGAGGAAGGAGUCAAAGCGCUUUGGAAAGGAGUUGGCCCAGCCAUGGUGAGAGCAGGCUGCCUCACGGCAUCACAAAUGGCAACUUAUGAUGAGGCCAAACAGGUCUUGCUAAUGUGGACACCAUUUGAAGAAGGUUUUCAAUUACAUCUCAUGUCGAGUUGCAUCGCUGGAACGGCUGGUACACUUGUGACUGCACCUAUUGACAUGAUCAAAACAAGGCUAAUGCUGCAACGAGAGUCCAAAGGUGCCAGAGUAUACAGGAACGGUUUCCACUGUGCGUACCAGGUUGUCCUGACGGAGGGUGUAAAAUCACUUUAUAAAGGUGGGUUUGCCACCUUCGCAAGGUUAGGCCCUCAAACAGCAAUCACUUUCGUCGCGUGCGAGAAGCUGCGCGAACUCGCUGGAAUGUCUGCUAUCUAGUACCACGUGAGAUUGAAGAAAUAUACGGUUCAAUAUUUGUCUAGUUGGAGGGCAUAUUUUACUCCAUUCAUUUAUCAGCAGUUUUCCACAUUCAUGAGGGUCUGUCAGAAUUGUAGCACUGACUUUUGAAAGGAUAAAGAAAUUGGGCUGCUUCAAUGGUUAGCUUGUAGUACUUGCUACCGAUCAGAUUUUCUCUUCAGGUCACGAAGUAGCAAGGACAGAAUAAUACUGUAGUACUCUCCAUUUUUGAUUUUCAGCCUGAGCUUCGCAUUGUUUAUUUUCUUCAGACAUUGCAAUUUUACAUCCAGAUGGUGAUUUUUGUCA